AUGCGGCUUUCCUUCGCGUCGGUCUUACUCGCCAUCACUCUCGUCUCCGGCGCGGUCGUCGAGCGGGAGCAGCAGGACAAGCGCCAAGCGGCUACGAGUAUCGAUGCACUGUUCCGUGCCAAGGGGAAGGUUUUCUUCGGAGUUGCUGCUGAUCAGGGUCGUCUCAGUGUUUCCCAAGAUGCUGCGAUCACAGCUGCUGACUUCGGCGGUUGGGAUACCAUUGAGGCUUCACGGGGUUCUUUCAACUGGGCACCAUUUGAUUACCUCGUAAACUGGGCAACGACCAACAACAAGUUAAUUCGUGGUCAUACCUUUGUAUGGGCCGAGCAACUUCCAUCUUGGGUCCAAAGCAUCAACGAUGCCUCAACACUAACGACGGUUCUCCAGAACCAUAUUACUCAAGUUAUGACUCGAUACAAGGGAAAAUUAUAUGCCCUCGAUGUCGUGAAUGAGCAUAUCAAUGAAGAUGGUUCUAUUAAAAGCACGCAUUGGACACAAGUCCUCGGCAACAACGUCUUCACAAUCGCGUUCCAAACAGCGCGCCAGGUCGACCCCAGCGUCAAGCUGUACAUCAACGACUACAAUCUCGAUUCAAACAACGCCAAGGUUGCGGGGAUCGUCAAGCUGGUCAACCAGCUCAACUCCGGCGGAACCAAACUCGUUGAUGGUAUCGGCACCCAGAUGCAUCUCAGCUCCGGGGGGUCCAGUGGUGCUCAAGCCGCGCUAACCGCCCUGGCUGCGGCCAACGUCGAUGUUGCGAUUACUGAGCUUGACAUCGCCAACGCCCCAUCCAACGACUACACCAACGUUGUCCAAGCUUGCCUCAACGUUCCGAAGUGUGUCUCCAUCACCGUCUGGGGUGUCCGCGACUCCGACUCCUGGCGCGCGUCGACCAACCCGUUGCUGUUCGACAACAACUGGCAGCCCAAAGCGGCGUAUAACGCCAUCGCAAGCCUUCUCAACCAGGGUGGGACUGUCACCACAUCCCAGGGCGGGACCACUACAACCACCAGCGCAACCACGAGCAAGAGCAGCGGGACGACAACGACGACCAGCCAGCCGGCCACUGGCACAGGUGGUGCAACGCAGCAGCACUGGGAUCAAUGCGGUGGUCAAGGUUGGACAGGUGGAACUGUUUGUGUCUCUCCGUAUACCUGCCAAGUCCUCAACCCAUACUACUCACAAUGUCUGUAA